CUCACCGACCCUCACCGACCCUCAUCGACCAUCACCGACCCUCACCUACCAUCCUCACAACCAUCCUCACAACCAUAACAACAACAAUAACAACAUCAUCGUUUCCUGCUGGUCCGUUUUUACCCUGCUAUACCGCCCCAAUUCAUCCGCAGCCCGCCAAAUCGCCGAAACCACCGUCAACACAUUACCACAUCACCACAUCAAAUCACCACAUCACAACAUCACAACAUCACCACAUCACCACUCAUUACGACGCAUUCCCAUAGUCAGCUUUAUACGGUAAUUCCUCAUCGCCACCGCCGCCCGUUCUAGCGAAAAUCUUCCCGCCUUUCGCCUUCAUUCCCGCCUAAUCGCUCACUAAGUCUCUCUUCCAAUCGGCCAUUCGCCCUUCCGAUAGCUUACCAAGCACCCUUCCAUCGCUCUCCCCGACGGAAUCUGUCACUUUACAAACGCCCGCCCUGGCCCGAACCGUUGAGUGACGUUCAUUCAGGGACUCGGCCAGUCUGUUUGCCUCCCAUAUAAGUGCUCACUCUUGCCACUUCAUUGACCUUUGUACUCCUUCACUUCAACAACACAUCUACACCUACACACGACCAUCCCUAUAACCACCCAUCUCAACUAUCUCCAUCGACAUAUACGAUACCGCCACCCUUCGAUAAGUCUCCCAACCCCUCAAGACCACACCGAUCGAUACCCCUACCUGCGAUGAGAUAGCGAAAACAGGCUGCCCGAUUCCGAGCACAACUAUAAUCACACACAUUCGAUGUCUCUCCCUCUCCCCCCCGAUCCCUACAAGGCCCUCGGCGUAGCCAAGGAUGCCGCCAUCUCAGAGGUCAAGAGCGCCUACAGGAAACUCGUGCUCAAGUGCCAUCCGGAUAAGGUGCAGGACCCGACCCUGAAGGCCCAGAAGCAGGAUGAGUUCCAGAAGGUACAACAGGCCUACGAGCUCCUCACCGAUGACACCAAGCGCACCGAAUACGAUGAGAAGAUGAGGAUGUUCGUUUUCCGGGAUACACUGAGGUCGCAGGCACCCAAGAGCAGUCCGCAGAGCGCGAGAUCGUCACCGCAAACCCAUAACCCCCCUGUGUUCGAUUACGAGGUCAGGACAGCGGAGCCGAGGUUGUCGAGGUUUAAGACUUCAAGGGCGCCAUCACCCGUCAGGGUGUAUGCGACCGCGAGGCCUGCAUCGUUUGAAGAUGACCUGCCACCGAGGAUGUACGACGUGGGAUCGGGACCCAGGUCCGCAAGGAAAGCGGCGAGUUACGAGGACCGGAAGGCGCCCUCAAGGGAAGACGAGAGGCACCAGAGACUCGGCGAGGAGCGUGAGCGCCAGCGCCGAGAGAAGGACCUCAACAAGAAGAACCUGAGCGCGUCGAAGAAGUCGCGCGACAAGGAGCGCAGGAAGGGCGUCGAGGAGAAGACGAGCAGCCGCCGCACACCCUUCAUCGUUGACGGGGACCACUCCGACGAAUUCCCGUCACCGCGCUCCGAGCGUCGCUCGGGCAAAAGGUCCGACGACAAGAUCCGCGUCACCAUGAAGGGCGGCGAGACCAACGAGUUUAUCGUCACCGAACGUACACGCAAACUCCAACAGACCAACGAGAGUGCCGCGCAGUACAUUCUGAAGUCGAAGUCAAAGGGGAAGAGCCCCGAGGCUGAGUUCCGUCCCCCAACCAUCCGGCGCUCGGAGACAUACCACUCUCCGCCGUACGCCACGCGUUACCCAGUUCCGCCCCCACAAACCUACAUCGAGGCCGACUCGGAGGACGAUUCCCGCCGCUCCUCUGCCCGCCCUCGCUCUCGCCGACCUUCUGACGCUCUCCCCCCACGCAUCCCCCUAGGAAACGAGCCCUACAUCAUCACCGCUGACCCCUCCUCCCGCAAACCUUCUCUCCAAUCUCAUUCCUCGGCGCCCCCUCUCGUUGCCGAACCACGCCGCAAGGAACCCCAGCGCGCCCAAACAAUACAAUCAGACUACACUCGCCGCUCGCCCGCUUUGGCCGUGCCCCCACCACCCCUCCCACGCGCCGCAACCUUCAACGGCGAGAAACCUCGACCCCAUCGCGCCCAAACCGAAUAUUACCCCCCCUCCUCCGACUCCUCCGACUCCGACUCUGACGGUCACGUCCGCUACGCCAGCCCCUCGCGGGCCCCACGCACCAGCCCCCCCAUCCAGACUGGCACCCAAAAGCGAUACGUCGUGGAAAAGUCUCGCGCAGUUCCUGUCGCCCGCUCCUCUCAUCGCAAGGUUCUCCGCGACGACUCCUUUGUAUCAGGACGCGACCGCAGCGAAAGCCCCCGCGGCACUCCCUCCCGCGUUCCUGACCGCCCACCCCUCACCCGCUCCAGCACAUCGUCUGCCCGAGCUAGCUCAUCCGCUCGCGGCAGCUCCCGCGCACCGACCUACUACGCACCCCCCACCGACGACGCGCCGCCGAGAUCAAAGCGUGACGUCCCGAGGGGUGUGCAGCAGCAGUCUAGCCCGGGCGGCGGAUCGUUCUUUGGCGAGGUCAAGUACGCGCCUGCGUUUCGCCCGGAGGAUGUCACUUAUGGCGAAUAUUAUCGCCCCGGACAGACCACGGAUUACUAUCCGCAGUCACGACGGGGAGAAGCUGCUGCUGCGUAUGCGUAGGAGCUGGCUUCUUUCCUGGGUCUUCUUCUGCCGAGUCGGGAUCUGAGGAUCAACGGUGGAGACGGACCUUCGAGUCCACAAAGUGAGAGACCGAGCAUUUGAUCUCUUUCGCACUUGUUUUUUUUCGAUUUCUUCGAUUCAAACCCAUGUAUAUCCAACAAAUAACGCAGUAACGGCCGAAACCUCUACUACCUUUUAUUACUAUGUAUUGUUUCGCCACUUGUUUUCCUUUUUAUUCAUUCUAGCAUUUUCACGACGAGCAACAGGCAGCAGCGGCGGCACAGCACGACGCAGCAUGGCGCAGCACACACACACACGCACUGGGAACGGACACGGGACAGGAGGGAUUGGACGGAGAGCCACAGCGUGGCAUUUUCUCUCGCUUUGUUUUUGCAUUGGAUGGACGGAUGGGAUGGGUGGGUAGGAAGGCGUUUGGAUUGGCUUGGGAUUGGGAUUGGACCAGAUCGGUACCCUUCCGUUUGAUGAACUUAUUAACGGCCGUUUUUUGCGUCGUAUUGAUGAGUUUUUUCGACUUUUUUUUUGUAGUUAACUCUUUUUUUGCUGUUUAGUGGUGGUGGAGGUGGAGGGGAGGAGAUAAGAAGUUGGUGGAGGAAGGAGACAGAGGUGGUUGGUGGCGGGGGUAGAGAGAGAAGUGAGUGGAUGUGGACUUGACUUGUCUAUUUAUCUCUCGAAAUUAAAUCCAUUCUGUAGUAAUUUUGGUCCUGAUUAAGUUUCGUGAGAACUCGUCCAUGUUCGAAAUAACCUUGGCUCUGUCUACUACCUCGCCACAUACACAGCAUCACGCAAUCUGUAGUCCCUCGCUCAUAUUAUACUCGAGGUUUAUGCUUAAUAUUUUAGAUGUCCCCCCCCC